AUGUACUCUAAAGUUGGCAGUUUAAAAGUUGCCAAACAUGUGUUUGAUCAAAUGCCUAAUAGAAAUCAAGCCUCUUGGGAUACUACAGUGUCUGGUUUUGUUGGAGCUGGUUUGCGUGUCAAAGGGAAAUGCCGAAACGAGCUUAUUGGGGGAUCUGCUGAAAAUGAAGAACCACAAGCAGCAGUAAAAGCUUACAAGUCAAUGAGGAAAGACGGGAUUUCUGUAAAUUACGUAACUAUAGUGAGUAUUCUUGGUUAUUGGUCGGCUCUUAAUGAUCUUGUGAAAGUCGGGGCACGCAUUAUUCUCAUGGGAUUUGGACAAGAUGAUUACGUGAAGAAUUCUCUUCUCACGAUGUACGCCAAAUGUGGUGACUUCGCUUCCAGUAGUUUUAUCUUUAACGAGUUUGCAAGUAAAACAGAUGUCUCAUGGAAUGUUAUGAUUGCUACUAAUGCUAAUCAAGACCUGCACGUUGCAAAUGCAGCCAUGGAUAUGUAUGGAAAAUGCGGAGAUAUGGUUGAUGUACUGAAAAUACUUGCUGAACCAACCAGCCGAUCAAGUUGGAUUAAGGUGAACAACAAGGUAAGUACAUUUGGAAUGGGAGACAAGUUUCACCCAGAGGCAGAUCAGAUUUAUGAGAAGCUGGCAGAUUUGAAGCAAAUAAUCAGAGAAACAUGA